AUUUCAGUUAUCUUUCGACUUCUGUAUCAAGUGUUUGGCUAAUUUCUUGAAACGAUGCAAAAAUUACGGUGUCUCAUACUUCUAAGUGUCGUGGUCAGUGUGGUAGCCGCACCAAAGUUAUUCCACUCGGAAAAAUUUAGAAUCGGCAUUGAAUAUGAAAACUCUUUACCGAUGUACGGCGGGUCAGACAGAUACAGGCACAGGAAUAACUACGAGCCUUUCUUCGUGACGGUCACAGCUACAGCAAAGGAUGGCUUCGUCAUCACCUACUUAGACGUGUCAGCGACAGUUGAUGACGGAGGUGAAGUGACCUUCAACAUGGUCAGAGGUCAGACCGGGUCAAGGAGCAUGGUAUUCCAGCUGAUUUCCAACCAUUCAGACUUCCUAUCAUACUCCUAUCUGACCUACGGCAUCAGGGAGGAAGAGUACAGAAAGGUGACCUCAGUUUCCAUGGGCAUUUAUGGGUAGAUAACCAAUAUAAUUACACUCCCGAUGAAUGGGGUAAAGAAGACGACGAACAGUUGUUUAUUAUUAUUUAUUUUUUCUAUAUUUUAUUCCGUUCAUAGAUAUAUUGUAUUGUAAGAUAAUUAAACAUGUAAAAUUAAAAUUUUACUCUUUC